CCUAUGGCAAGGCACCACUUCCAUACCAUUGAGAAACAGGUUUGAUGGCCUCAGUGACAGGUUUUAACGUCCCUGUCCUGUGCCACUCCGUCACCCUGUCUCCUGAUCACAGUUAACACUAUAACUCACUAUAGCGCUCUGGAUAGCCUACAGAAUAUUUACAACAGAGAAAAGUGCAAUAAUGUGGUAGUUGUUAGUUGGUCGUUGGAAUGCAAUUUUCUGGAGUUUAUUUCGGAUUGAUAAUCAUUUUCAUCGUCACUCAAGGCUCCAAGAAUCCUUCUAUUAUAAGAGCUGGUACGGCAAGAAAUCUGAUAUGGCAGAGCUUUCCUCUUACCGGUGGACAAUACUGGGUGUCUUCCUUGUCUGCCUCACGCUUGUUGGAAGCCUGCUCAUCUAUUGGCCUUCCCUUUUGAACACAUUUCACGGACCAAAGCAGACCCAAUCAAGUAGCCCUGUUAAUGUCACCAAAACCACCACUGUCCUGAUUUGGUACUGGGGGUUUGGAUUUAAUCAGGGCAUAAGGAAAAAUGUGUGCAAAGAAAGGUUUGGCAUACCUAACUGUAUUUUGUCAGAUGAUCGAUCAUUGUUCCCUUCGGCAGAUUUUAUUGUCUUUCACAACCGUGAGCUGAUCACUGGACAACAGAGGCUGCCAUUACAUUUACCCCGCCCACAAAAUCAGGGGUGGGUGUGGUUCUCCAUAGAAAGCCCAGCCCACAAUGGCAAUUUGAAGCGUUUUGCUGGCAAGUUUAACUACACCAUGUCUUAUAGGCUUGAUGCAGACUUCUUUAUGCCAUAUGGCUGGUUGGUACCACACGAUGUUGGACCUGGAAUGACAGUUCAUGAUUUUAUACCAAAAGACAAGUCUCAUUUGGCUUGCUGGAUUGUGAGCAAUUAUGCAGCCCAUCAUAGGCGAACACGGGUAUACAAUCGACUAAAACAAGUCAUUAAAGUGGAAGUGUAUGGAGGGGCAGUACACAGACGCUUGAAUAGCAAAGACAAGCUGCCCACCAUAUCUCACUGCUACUUCUACCUGGCCUUUGAGAACUCUGAAUUCCAAGACUACAUCUCGGAGAAGUUAUGGAGCAAUGCCCUCCAAGGAGGCGCUGUGCCGGUAGUUUUAGGUCCAUCUCGUAAGAACUAUGAGGCCAUGAUACCAAAAGAUUCCUUCAUUCAUGUGGACGACUUCAGUUCUGUAGAGGAGCUUGGACAAUUCUUGAAGCAGGUUGCAGAGGACAGGGAACGCUAUGCGUCAUAUUUCAAAUGGAAACUGAACUACACAGUGGCACACACAAGCAACUGGCUGGUGGAGCCUCAGUGCAGAAUUUGCACAAAAAUCAACACGUUACAAAGACCCAAAGUUUAUAGUGAUUUACAGUCAUGGGAAAACAAAUGAAAUCAGACAGAAAAAGUGCAAGUCAUUUACCUUGACUAUUACAUUGUUUUUUAGGCCUGGGACUUCACACGAUUAAUUUAGAUUAAUUAAUUACACAUACUGUACAUUACCGUGAUUAAAAAAAUUAACUAAU